CUGACAAUGAAAUCCUUUGAGGGGCAUGUAGUGCUCAAAGUUUGUGUCAUAUUUUAUACAAAUGUUUUGUUUUAAACGUUGUUUUAAGCCAUUUUAUUAUUUUAAUUUUUGAUUGUUAUAAAAUCUCAUUAGUUUAUCAUGUGGAAAUGUCAUAAGUGUCAUAAACCCGUUUAUUUCGCUGAAAGAAAGCAGUCAUUAGGAUACAAUUGGCAUCCCGAAUGUUUAAGAUGUGAGGAAUGUGGAAAAAGACUGAAUCCUGGACAACAUGCAGAACAUAAAGGUGUACCGUACUGUCAUGUGCCUUGCUAUGGGGCCUUAUUUGGCCCACAGUUGUUUGGUCAUGGAACCAGGGUAGAAUCUCAUAAAAGUUUUGGAGCUUUAAGGGAUUCUCCCAAGAUUGGUAAUGGCCCUGCUUUGCCUAGGUCUCAUUUGGAAUCAAAAAUUAAGGUUUACAACCAAUUCUUUGAGGGCAAAAGUGGAGAAAUUCGGUGUCGGGAAGUAAAUGGGCGUUUCAUCCUGGAAGGCUCUUUAAGGAUUCAUUGGGGCAUCCACGGUGUCAUUCAUUUAAAGGAAAACGAUGAUCAAAGAACUGUAGUUACUGUAAGAAAGCGAAAUUCAUAUCGUUCUCCUAGUCCGGAUUAUGACACAGAUGAUGAUAUUCAAAACAUAUCACGUGAUACUAGUUACAAUGAUAUUUCUACAUGUUCCGACGGUCCUAGUUUAGAAGUAAGUAAAUCAGACACAGGAAUAGAUAGCGGUACCGACUCUGUGGAUAUAAGCUUAACUGAUAGCUCAUCGACAUCCCCACAAAAUACCGUCCCGAAAAGUGUAACAUUACCAACAAAAUUGGACGUAAAAAAUUUGGAAUGGGACGAGUUAGAUGAGCUUUUACAAGUUGAGAGAAAAAUGGACGAAUCAGAGAAAAUGUAUCAAACUAUGCCAGUGACACUGCCAUCGCAGUCAAGUACUGAAAGUAAUAGUGCUUCCACACAAAGUAUCAGCAGCGGUUCAAAAACCGAAAGCCUAUCUGAAAAAUUAAAAAAUACCACCAUGACGGAGGAUUCAAGCAAGACACUUGUCGCACCAAUUACGAAUGGCACUAGUGAAGACAAGCUACCGCUUCUCGCUUCAUCGAUAAGCCAGGACGAUAGCUGGCUUUUAAAUAGUAACCAUUUGAAUAGAUCUAUGUCGGGUCCAGAUUGUCUAGGCAGGAUUAGGGAUCCACAAUCACCCGAAUUCGAUAGAAUCAGUAUGACCAGUACAGAUAUUUGUACCAUGUCGGAACAACAUGAGGAAGUCGUUUUCCGGAGACCACAUAAAGGCUCGACAGCGAUAAAACGUAGACCAGGAAAAAGGUUAUCUCGUAGCAAAGUUAAAAGGAGGUGUUCCAUCAACGGCCAUUUCUAUGACAGAGAAACUAGUUUUUUCACACCACCACACGGCAGUCAGAUGAGCGUUUGGGUAACAUCUCUAGUUAAUACGGUGGAGGUUAUAAAUCUCAUAUUAGAAAAAUAUAAAGUUGAAAGUGAUCCGCAGAAUUUCGCAUUGUUUGUUGUGAGGGAUAAUGGGGAACAGAGAAGGCUCAAAGAAGACGAAUAUCCGCUAUUAACUCGCGUACUGUUAGGGCCUCAUGAGGAUGUUGCUAGAAUGUAUUUAAUGGACAGCCACAGUACACGGGAAGUGAGUAGCGAAGUGGCGCAGUUUUUGAAUUUGUCAUUAGCUGAAUGUCGUGCAAUACUUGGACAGUAUUAUUCACAGGAAGAGCGGGAAGUUGCCAGGAUUAAAGACAAGUACAGUGAAAUGAAAGUAAGACUCACUCAUAAAAUGAUGCAACUAAAAGCUGGUUAAUCAUCAUAAAAAUCUAUAGAUAGAUAGCUUCCUAAAAUUUCUCUCAUCCUUUUUUAAUUACAUCACUAAAUAAUUAUUACUAUUUUAAUAUGUUUUGUUAAUUAUUUAAAGCGUGUUUG